AUGGGUCUCGGGACCAAGAUUAAGAACGCUCUGCACGGCGACGACCGCCGCAGCCCCAAGGGGUCUGGCGAGUACGAGGAUGGCCACCUGCCUGGCUCCUUCCCCUCCGACACCGACCCUUCCACCAAGACAACCAAGCACGCCCAAGACCCGUCCUUGACCGGUAGGACAAGCACCGACGGCCUCAACGCAUCAUCAACCCUCCGCAAGUCGCAGCACCGCCACAAGAAGUCCGACUCGGGCGUCGACUUUGACGGCGCUGAACCCGCCUUCGACUCUAGGCGGCAGCCGGGCGUCGGCUUUGCCGACGACGCCGAGAUCGAGCAGCCCCAGCCCGUCAAGCCCGCCAACCUCGGCAACAACGCCAAGCGCGACCCGUACUGGGGCACCAUCAACAACACCCGCGGCGCCGGCGUCGACGGCCACGACAAGGACCUCCCGCUGCGUCCGGGGAGUCAGGGCGGCGGCCCACGGGACGUGUACGCCAAGGACUUUCUCGGCACCACCAACGGCAACAACGGCAGCAUGCUGAACAACGGCAACACGCUGCCCAACGUCAACGGCGCCGAGCGCGACCCCUACUGGUCCAAUGGCAACGCCGCGGGCCUGGACGGCAGCGCCUACGGCGUCAACGGCUACGGCAGCAACGACACGUACAACUACAACUCAACCCCAGGCACCGCCAUCAGCGGCGACUACCACAACAACAACAACGGCGUCGCGCUCCGCAACGGCCACCAGGCCACCCGCGGGCUCGGCAACGACCCCCACGACGUCAACGGCUCCGGCCUCCACGACCGCGGCAUCAGCGGCAGCGGCACCACCAGUCUCGACGACGCCCGCAUCCGCGACCGCGACAUGGGCCGCAGCACCGCCGGCGCCGGAGGGUACGGCACCGGCACCGGCACUGCCGCCGGCGUCAGCGGCAUCGCGGCAUCCGAGGCCGCCCGCAAGCACCACGAGGCCGACAUGAGGGACGCCGGCUACCACAGCGGGCCCAGCAGCGGCGGUAGCCCGACCAGCGCCGCCCGCCUGAACGGCAGCAGCGUCGGUGGCGCCAGGGCCGCCUACGGCCGCAGCGCUGGGGGGUCCCCGCCGCGGAUGCAGCAGCAGGGCCCCGUUGCUGGGAACUCCGCCUGGCAGCAGCAGCAGGGGCAGCAGCCCCCUUCAGCGAUGCACUUCGGCCCCGGUGCCCACAACGCCGCCCGCGUGCUCCACACGUGCACCAGCUGUGGUGUCGACAACGACAUUAGCCAGUACUUCCGCCCCGAUGUCGCCUACCGCCUGGGGCAGUAA